AUGCAUGGAGUACUACCCAUCUGCCCUUGGGAAUGCAGUUACAGUAAGGUUGUACAUGGCGGAUUCUGGGAAGUGACGUCGCUUUCCCCCCCUGAAGCUCACAUCUGCAGCAAGUACAAGCGAGAGCAAGGAGCAAACGCCAUCGCCAACAGCAUCAAGGUUAUGAAGCGGCAAUGGGGCAACCUUGUUCGUGGCGCACCUUUCAUUUCUGCGAAAACCUUGCAGCAGAUUCUCUCGUCACACAGCAAGUUUGUCAUCAGUUACAAGCAGGCGUGGCGGCUCCGUGAGGCAAUCCAGAAGGAAAUGUACGGCGAUUGGCAGGAGUCGUUCAGGUUGCUCCCGGAGUUGGCUCGCAGGUUCGAGCAGAACGAUCCUGGUGGAAUGUUCAAGAUUCAGACGGUCGACGGAUGCUUCCACCGGAUGUACAUUCAGCCGUCCGCAUCUCGCGGUGCGCUUGGUUUUUGCCGGCCCGUUGUUCCACUAGACGGGACCAUCCUAAUCAGUGCUCAACGCGCAACCCUGCUCAUUGCCGUGGCACUUGACGCCAACCAGAAGAUUCUGAUGCUGGCGUGGGCUCUGGUCGAAGGAGAGAACAAAGACUCGUGGUCCUGGUUCCUGCAACACUUUAUGGUGAGCUUCCCGGAGUGGCCGCACCGUGACGAUGCAUCGAUUAUCAGCGAUCGCGACAAGGGCCUGAUUCCUGGUGCACGAGAUGUACUCCCGGCUGGCAUACCUCAUUACUUUUGUGCUUGGCAUCUCCACCAGAAUGUUGUGAAGUUUGGAGAGGCUGCGGCUCUUUUUUUUUGGCGUCUUGUGAAGUGCAGGGACGACGACAAAUGGGACGCAUUGGUUUCAGCCGGCCGCCGUGACUUCAAGGAAAUGAUGACCUAUCUCCUCGGCGACGAGAAGCCUAUCUCGGGUCCAGCUCCGGCAGAUGCUGCACAGCAGCAACGUCCCGCCCCCACCACAGCGGCUGAAGCACGUCAACAAGCUGCACAGAACCGUCGUCAGGGUCGUGAAGCAGCGCGUUCCGCCAGGGGUUUAGGGACCACAUCACGUGCGCGUGGCCGUGGGGCGGGUGACGCGAGCGGGCCGGGAGCCACACCUCCCGAACCAGGGCAUGCACCUACCGCAGGCAGUUCUGCCCUGACGGCUCCGCCGCCAGACCCCCCGGCCACAAACGAGCCGCCCAGUCGUCCCUUGGGCUCGACACCUGCGGCUUCACGUCCAUUCGACUAUAAUCGCAUCCUGCGACGCGUAAGGACAGGUUACAUCCCCAGCAGCAUCAGGACGGACCCGCCACGUGCAUCAGCAUCAAGCGGAAACUCGGGCCAGGGGGGAGACGAGCAUGGUGGGGGAAAUACCUGCCAGGCACUGGUCGUUGUCAGUCUGGAUCACCCGUGGCCCGAUGUCGGUAGUGGCAACCCCCGUGUGAGGGUUGAAGCCGACUUUGAGGAGGACGACGUGGAGGAGGCAGAGGAGGCGGAUGCAGAACAAGCGGGGUAUUGUGAACGCAAAAUGGCUGCGCGUGAGAGAACUGCUCUACUCACCGAAGCUGCAGAGGAGCGGAUGGUAGAGAAGGAGACCCGGGCGGAGGGGUACGAGCUACUGGGCGGGGAUCUUGAGGAAGGAACCAUCCAGACCAGGGACACCGACGAUCCCAAGGAAUGGAGGUCCUUCAACGUCAACAUCAACAGCGAAGUGAGGACAUGCGACUGCUCGAACUGGGACCAGUACCAGUUUCCUUGCUCCCAUGCCGUGGCCUUUGCUCUGAAGCGAAAGCUUGACCCGCGCAGCCUCGUCUCUGACUACUACACCACGAAGAACUGGGCGGAGACUUAUUCUUCAACGGUGCGGGGUUCCUGUGUGGACCGCAUCGUCCUUGGGAGGAAACUGGCCCCAACAGGCCAGUGCGAUGCUCCACCCUUUCGGCGCACGGCUGCCGGCCGCCCGCCGAGCUACGCUCACGUCGAGAAGGCUGUGCAUCCGUACAAGUGCAGCGUUUGCCGUCUCCACGGUCACACAAAGAACCGCUGCAUGGGCAAGUAUGGUGGGAGCGCAUACCCGGAGAGGAGGAGGUUCCGUAACCGCCCUAAGGCCCGUAAAUCCUAUCGCGAGUCGGCACCUUUUGCGGGCACUAUUUGA